UGUUUUGAAGACAGUCGAUUUACUUCGUAUCAAUUGAAUCAACUUAUUUUUAUAUGGUUGACAAAAUAGUUAACUCCAUUUGAAACUGGAUCCUGAUGUAUGUAGGACCAAAAGAACCCGAUUAAAAAGCAAUUUGAUCUGGGCAUGGAUUGAUCGAUUCCUUUCGUCUUGUGAUCGGUUAUCUGCACAGCUUGACUUGUUAUGUAACCCAUCAGGUUCGUUCACAGAGUGAAAGAGGAAGUAACGUUACUGAAGUAACGUUAGUACAACCGAUGUUCGUUUAUAGAUAAUCGCGUGUAAAAUUUACUAUGGAGAGAGAUGCUGGGAUCGUGUCUUUAUUUAAAGCUCUUGGGUAUAAGAGCAGUGAAUGUUUGAGGAAAUGUAAUUGUGACGAGUUACCUUGCCCACUGCUUACCUGGUUGGUCUCGGAAAUCAAAGCAACUUGUCGCGAUGUGCCACUGCCAGCACAGAGCAUUGGUGGAGCUGUUCUGGUCGGGGAGUUGAGGGCGGUGCUGAAUGAGAUGUCAUGUCCUCAAAAUGCACUUACAUCAGAGCAUCUUAGCCCACCUCUGAUGUACAGAAUAACCGAGUUCUUGGUGUCAGAGUUGUUGGCAGCCCGUAUGUUGAUGCAUAGAGAGAGUCAUCCAGAAGAAACAGAACAGAAGUGUGAGUUAAAAGUCAAAGAGCAAAGAAAAGAAGAAAAUUUCACAGUGGACAAUGAGGAUGAGCAUCCAAAUAUAAGUCAAGCAGAAUAUAAAACUAAUUGGAAAGAGGUGAAUAAAGAGCUGACAGAACUCUUUCAGAGUCUUGGGUUGAAGAAAUCCUCUCAGCUAAGUGAUGCCUGUGCAGAGGUGGAAUCACGCCUGGCUGAUUUUCCAGAUGGUAAAAUGCAAGAGGCGUUACUAAUGACCAAUUUGAACUCUGAGCAGUGGAAACAGCUUCAUGAGAUUAACAAAGCUCUCUGUAAGGAUUAUGAGUGCCGACGCCAAAUGAUGAUCAAGCGAUUCGAUGUCACACUACAGUCCUUUGCUUGGGGAGAAAAGGGGAAGGAACGGAAUGAAAUUCUUUCUUCAAUUCAACUCUUCACACCCUCUCUUAAGUCCUUUGUUUCCAUUGCCACGCUGUUGGCAGCCAGGGAGGACCAGUCUCGCAUUUCACCAGUUAAAGCAGGACCUUCAACAGCCAUUCACAAGAUGCUAAUGGGAGAUGUACCAGACAGGGGGGGACGGCCAGGAGAGAUUGAGCCUCCAAUGCCCAGCUUCACCAGUCGCAGGGAUGGCGGUAAUCAAUACAAAAAGAAAAGGCCGGGAUCCUUUGGAAAGAAGAAAAAUAAACAGACUUAGAGAUUUGUUUUGCUUUGAUUUACAUUACAAAUUUAUUUAAGUUGGCAAGUAAUGAGAAUAUGGUAAUAAAAAUAAGGCUGGUCUUUAGUUUUAGAUUAAAAAAACAUUGUUAGUUUUGCAUAAUGGACAGUAUCAGUUGAUUACCAAAAAAGAAACUGACAAGUAAAUUUCAGUGAAAUGUAUGAAUAUAAAUGGCCGGAAGCUGCAUUUUCUUUGUAAAUCCAAGAGCUAUGAAAAUAUUUAAUUUGUUUCAAUAAAAAAUUGUUAAAAGGG